ACUAGUCGGUUAAAGUCCGUCUCUUCAAACCACUCCCUAGAGCUGGCGACAGAAACACCCUCCUUUUAUCGAGGAAAUUACACCGCUUGGUGUUUGGUAACUCGGCAAGAAUAACUUAAAAAGGUUAAGAAGCAUAUCGAUAGCUGUUGGUGGUCAACGUUUUGACUCUCGGAAGCUUCCUGAAACUUUUUUGGGCUCGGACCUGCGAAGCGCAGACAGCAUGGUGUUAAAGUCGGAAGACGGAGUAGCCAUCCGCUGUCCCACACCUCCCUGGCUAAACACAAGGCUCCUUCUCCUGUUAUCGCUAGUCUCUCAGUCUACCCUCACCUCCUCCUACCCAGUGCCAGACGACCUCACCCCAGAGGAGCAGCAGGAGCUGGAGAAUAUCCGCCGGCGCAAGCAAGAGCUGCUGGAGGACAUUCAGCGGCUAAAGGAUGAGAUAGCAGAAGUGACUAGUGAGAUUGAGAACCUGGGUUCCACUGAGGAGAGGAAAAAUAUGCAGAGGAAUAAACAGGUGGCCAUGGGCCGAAAAAAAUUUAACAUGGACCCCAAAAAGGGAAUCCAGUUCCUGAUUGAGAAUGACUUGCUGAAGAAUACCAGCGAUGACAUUGCUCAAUUUCUCUACAAGGGUGAGGGCCUCAACAAAACAGCAAUUGGAGAUUACCUUGGAGAGAGAGAUGAAUUCAAUAUCCAGGUCCUCCAUGCCUUUGUGGAGCUUCAUGAAUUCACAGACCUCAACCUGGUUCAGGCCCUAAGACAGUUCCUGUGGAGUUUUCGGCUACCGGGAGAAGCCCAGAAGAUUGACCGCAUGAUGGAGGCCUUUGCUCAACGCUACUGCCAAUGCAACCCUGGUGUUUUCCAGUCCACAGACACCUGUUACAUCCUGUCAUUUGCCAUCAUCAUGCUAAACACCAGCCUCCACAAUCCGAAUGUGAAAGACAAGCCAACUGUGGAACGAUUCAUCUCCAUGAACAGAGGCAUAAAUGAUGGAGGAGACUUACCUGAAGACCUGCUCAGGAAUCUGUAUGAGAGCAUCAAGAACGAGCCUUUCAAAAUUCCAGAAGACGAUGGCAACGACCUCACACACACUUUCUUCAAUCCAGACAGAGAGGGUUGGCUGUUGAAACUGGGGGGACGAGUUAAAACCUGGAAGAGGAGGUGGUUCAUCCUCACAGACAACUGUCUGUACUACUUUGAGUACACCACAGACAAAGAGCCCAGAGGAAUCAUCCCACUGGAGAACCUGAGCAUCAAGGAAGUGGAAGAUAAGAAGCCUAACUGCUUUGAGCUUUUCAUUCCUGACAACAAGGACCAGGUCAUAAAAGCCUGUAAGACUGAGGCUGACGGACGUGUUGUGGAAGGCAACCACACCUUCUACCGUAUCUCUGCCCCAACUGCUGAGGAAAAGGAGGAAUGGAUGAACAGCAUCAAAGCAGCCAUUAGCAGGGAUCCCUUUUACGAGAUGCUGGCAGCGAGGAAGAAGAAGGUGUCAUCUAUGAAGAGGCACUAGAGCUGCUCGACUCUCCCGACGUUGCACUUGACAUAGCGAAGGUGGGAGGGGGGUUCCGAAUGUCUGCUCACCUUUUCGGUGCUGGUGCAGAGGCCAUGGCUGAGGUCUGCCUCAGACCUCUCCAAGGGAUAACUUUAGGAUGCAUACCAGAUCUGGCUUUUGGACCCUGCGCCAGAAAAACAGGAAGCAUGCUGGGGUUUUUAGAUAAGAGACAGGGAAAAAGGCUCCCCUAACCUCCUGUCUGAAUGUCUCUCUCUUACUCUUACAGCUUUGUUUGUGCUCUCUGUCUAUGAAGCCUGGAAGGGAAACUUGCUCUGUAACUCAGCAAAAUUCGUUCUGAAGAUGCUUUAAAAAAAUACCACAGUUCCCAUAAACAUCAAAUACAUAUACAACAUACAUACACUCAUGCAGUCCCCCGUCGCACACAUCGUUUUUAACUCAGCAGGUCUGACCGAGUGUGGCAACCCAACCAAAAUAUUCCUCACUGUCUGAAAGAAAAUACCUUUUCUGAUGUGCUUUAAUAUGUUUUGGUAAUACGUGUCUAUUUUUACAGCUUUUAGUGUCAAUUCCUCCUGAAUAUUUUUUGUUUGCUUUUGUAAAAUAUAAUGGUCUUGCAACAGAAACUGCAGAGGGAUCAUUGUGGGAGGGAGGGGGGAUUAUCAUUUGCCAACUGUUGAUAAUUUUAUAGAAAAAAACAAAACAAAACAAACCUUCUUCGUUUAAAAAAAACAAAAAACAAAAAAAAACAAGUUGCCACUCAGGAGAUUGUUACAAUGUUUUGAAAAUUCUCAUGUCGGGUUGACUUGGAUCCUGUUCACAACAGGACAGCCAUGCAAGGAAUAAAAGACUCGGCAGAGUCUCAGACUGAACCGAUUUUUAGUAAUAUGAGCCUGCAGUGAGGAUGUCUGUUUGUCUGGACAGGGUCUCAGCAUUUGAUCUGAUUGUCAGUGUUCAUUUCCUGAAGGCCCUGGAGAUGCAUUCUGGGGAUUAGUGUCCUUUAAAGAGCCGAGAGUGUUUCACCUUGGGCUUCUGAGGUCUUAGGUUGUCUAGAAAAUACAACUGUCAGCCCCUUUUUUGUUUUCCUGUACAUUUUCUCUUCUUCUCUCACCUUGUCUCAAACACAAGACCACUUUCUGUUACUGUAUCAUACAAAAGUAAUUUAAACAUUAGAAAAGUUGCUUUACUGCUGCACAGUGCCUGGUGCUCUAGAUGAAAUGUGAUGAGAAAUGCUGCUGGUUAGCGACAUUAAUUCAGUUUUUCUUUUCCUGAUCAAUAAAAGAAUUUUUGUUUCCUACCUUUCAAAAUCUUGUUCUUUUUAGAGGGUUACCUUUUUAACAGUAGGCCCUAAUACUUGUGCUUCCGGUUGUUUAUAUCUAAGUUUGUGUCUUUACAUAGUUUGACAUUGUUCUAGAGGCUUUAAAGGAGCACAGAUAAAUGUGUGGAUUAUUGAAGCUAUGCCUGGAAAAGAAAGGAUUGUCCCCGUCUCAGGAUCCAAUGUUUGAUGUGAAACAAUACAGGACUACUUUUUGUAUCAGGAAUGUACUGCAGUGAACCAAAAGAUAGAGGACAGGACGGCUGAUCGGACGGUCACACUGCAGCAGUGAUACGUCAAAAAGCAAAAAAAAAAAAAAAAAAAAAAAAUGUGUUGAGGCACAAUUUUACAAAUGCAGUCUGAGCUGUACAUCAAGCAGUUGUCUUUUCUACUCUUGUCUACAGUUGUGUCAUCUGUGCCUGCUGUUCAUAAUCCUUUCUCCCUGCCGGUUCUGUUUCAUGGGUCUCUUCCUCUCCGCUCCUCUCAGCGCACUACUCCUAGAGGAUAAAGUAAAAAUGCAAAACAAUCAUAAUUCUAGGCAGUAUUGGUUUAUUUAUCAAAGUUGUACAUAUUUAAAUGUAUAGUGGGUAUUUUGUCCUCAUGUUGUUUCUGAUUAGUUUUGCCAUUUUCCUUUGAUAUACUGUCAUAAUGUUUGAUUUAAGGUUUCUAUCAAUGCCAUUUAAUCAAGCUGAAAUAAAGACAAACCUGUCACAAUGA